UCUCAAAAUUCCUAAAGCAAAUACUUAUCAUCCUCCCCCUACUCUCUCUCUCUCUCUCUCUCUCUCUCAUCACCUCCAAAACUCUCUCUCUCUCUAAAAAUGGAAUGCAGUGACAGGACAACCACCAUCACAGUGUCCACAAGCUCUUUCUUCACACCAUCAUCAUCCCCUCCUCGUUCAACAUCUUCCUCUCCAACCCAGUCUAGUGGUGGUGGUGGUGGUGGUGCUCCUCCCUCUCCUCCUCCGCCGGCGGUGGUUGUUAUGAGCCCAUGUGCAGCAUGCAAAAUUCUCCGACGCCGCUGCGCAGAGAAAUGUGUUCUGGCGCCAUACUUUCCGCCUACUGAUCCACUCCGGUUCACCAUUGCUCAUAGAGUUUUUGGAGCUAGCAAUAUCAUCAAAUUGUUGCAGGAACUUCCCGAGUCUCAGAGAGCAGAUGCAGUGAGCAGCAUGGUUUACGAAGCGAAUGCUAGGAUUAGGGACCCGGUUUAUGGUUGCGCUGGCGCAAUUUUCCAGCUUCAAAAGCAAGUUAGUGAGCUCCAAGCAGAAUUGGCUAAGACACAAGCAGAGGUUGUUAACAUGCAGUGUCAACAAGCUAAUUUGGUGGCUUUGCUUUGCAUGGAAAUGUCACAAUCUGAAGAACCUAUCUUCCAACAUGAACAAGCAUUGUAUGAUGAUAAUGCAAGCUUGUCUCUUGAUGAUGGAAGUUUUGCCCCAGCUUGGGAAACUCUUUGGGCAUGAACUUGAAGAAAGUUUGAGGCUUAAAUGUCUUAUGACAUUGAUGAAUGACAAUAACCUAGAAGAAAAAAAAAGGUGUAAUAAAGAGAUCAAUUGUAGUAUUGCAGCUUCAAUAUACUAGGCAAAAGAAAAUAUAGUCUUUGGGACUUUCCUACCUUGUAAUUUUCAGAAGAAGCACGUAAGAUUACACGCAAUUUAGUUCCUACUAGACAGGGAAUAAGUCUAUAAAGACAAAAUCAAUUACAGAAUAUAAAUGGAUAUAUAAGAUUUUUCAAAAUUUGUCAA